AGAGGAUGAUGAGAAGGCUGCAUUGGUUAAGCCAAAGACAAAGAGGGUUGCUACACUUGAUGCAUUUAGAGGCCUCACCAUAGUGAUUAUGAUAUUGGUUGACAAAGUUGGUGGAGUUUAUCCACGCAUUGACCAUGCCCCUUGGGAUGGAUGUACUUUGGCAGAUUUUGUUAUGCCUUUCUUUCUCUUCAUUGUUGGUGUUGCCAUAGCCCUUGCAUUGAAGAAAAUACACAAGAUAAAAUAUGCUGUGAAGAAGAUAAUGCUUAGGACAUUGAAGCUUCUCUUUUGGGGUAUACUAUUGCAAGGUGGAUAUUCUCAUGCACUUGAUGAACAGGUCUCAUAUGGAGUCAACAUGAAAUUUAUUAGAUGGUGUGGCAUUCUCCAGAGAAUAGCUCUUGUAUAUUGUGUUGUAGCUCUAAUAGAGACAUUUACAACCAAGCUUAGACCCACUACACUCAGUCCUGGACGCUUAGCAAUUUUCACAGCCUAUAAAUGGUUUGGAGGUUUUGUGGCGUUUCUCGUUUACAUGAUCACAACUUUCACACUCUAUGUUCCAGAUUGGAGUUUCGUAGAUCAUGCUAACGGUGACGAACCAAAGAGAUACACAGUGAUCUGUGGAAUGAGAGGACACAUAGGCCCUGCAUGUAAUGCUGUUGGAUAUGUUGAUAGACAAGUUUGGGGUGUUAACCAUUUUUAUUCACAUCCUGUUUGGAGACACUUGAAGGAAUGCACAUUCAGUUCUCCAGGUGAAGGUCCACUUCGCGAAGAUGCUCCAAGUUGGUGUUAUGCUCCCUUUGAACCCGAAGGCUUGUUAAGUUCCAUAUCAGCAAUCCUCUCUGGCACCAUCGGCAUCCAUUACGGGCAUGUCCUGAUUCAUUACAAGGGUCAUUUAGAUAGGCUCAAACAAUGGGUCUCAAUGGGGUUUGUGUUACUCACACUAGCCAUUAUCCUUCACUUUACAAAUGCUAUACCAAUUAACAAGCAACUCUAUAGCAUUAGCUAUGUUUGUUUCACAGCUGGAGUAGCUGGACUUGUCUUCUCUGGUCUCUACAUAUUGAUAGAUGUUUGGGGGUUCCGGACGCCAUUCUUGUUCUUGGAAUGGAUAGGAAUGAAUUCUAUGUUAGUGUUUGUGAUGGCAGCUCAAGGCAUUUUUGCAGCAUUUCUGAAUGGCUGGUAUUAUGAAAAUCCAAAUAACUCACUAGGACAUUGGAUUAAGAAGCAUGUUUUUGUCAAUGUUUGGAACUCAGAGAGAGUGGGAACACUCUUAUAUGUCAUCUUUGCAGAAAUUACCUUUUGGGGAAUUGUUGCUGGAGUGUUGCACAAGUUAAAAAUAUACUGGAAACUGUAAGAGAAUAUGAGAGUGAAGUUAUUUGGCAUUGAACAAAUUGAUAUAGGAAAAGAUCAUAAUUGACCACAAUUGGAAAUUUAAUAAGUUGCAUCCUGUUCUUUAAAUUACCCUGGUCUCAAAAUAUAGCAGCGAAGAGAUACUUCUCACUCAAUAGAAGAGUUAGUUACCUUGGUCA